AUGUCCGAUCCUAGGCUAGUUGAUAUGGAGCCCGGUGGCGAGAGCACACAAUAUGAAUCCAUUCGCGAGUUUACUCAACCGCCGGAAAAGCAGACCGGGCAGCUGGGUGGAGGCCAGCCGCAUACCAGGAGUGAAAUGAAGACCACCUUCGACUCGGGCGAAAAUGGCGGAGCGAACGGAGCAAAUGGAGAAGAAUAUGCUAUGGCACAAAAGCUAGGAAUGGGACAAGGCGCGGAAGGCUUGAACAAAGAAAAUCGGAAAUCCGACAACCCAGUCGAUGCAGGAGCCGCGAGAACCAGAAGAGAGCAGGGGUAUGGGCCUGGCUCCGGCGUCGGGGCUUAA